AUUUUUAGUUUGAAAAGAAAGAAAGAAAGAAAGAAAGAAAGAAAGAAAGAAUUUUCUCUGAACGUUCUGGAACAAGUGGUAACAUUUAAAAAACGUUAGACGAACGUCCAACUAAAACUUUCAGAAAAACAGUUUCACGAACGAUGUAUGAAUAAUGUUUUUGUGCUAACAUUUUGAGAACAUUAUUAAAGACCAGAUAACUGAACGAACGUUCUAUUAACGUUACUGAAAUAACGUUUAUUCAUAACAUUGAGAGAACCUUGAGAGAACGUUAGCUAAAGUUCUGACUCUGAGAGCUGAACUUCAAAUAACUUGCUGUAAAUAAACAAAAAGGCUAAAAUCUCUCCAUUAGAUAACGUGGACUUUUAACUUAUAUUUUCCCACUCGUAUUUACGACUUUGUGGUGACGUUCAUGUGCUUCAACUCGUAAACACGAUCUUUUCUAACGACUUGAGCACAUGACCUGCAGCGGCAGUUGGGCAGACGUUAUAAAGGAGUGGUUGUCAUGGCAACAGUUCAAAACAAAGCCGCCAUACGGAUCAUUCACUGAUGACUGACAUGAUUUUAGCUCGAUAUCUCCACAUGAUUAUGAUUAUUUGUGGUGUUUGUGCUUGAUGAUUAUAACAUUCAGCCGUUUCUCGCUUUGAUCGCGCGCGGUUCGUUUAACCGAAUGUCUGCCUCGGAUUUUCUACGGGAAGCGGAAGGUCUCAGAAGACUGCUGUGUAAAGAGGAGCGAGAGGCGAGCAGACGGCCGGACCUCAGAGAGACUUUCAGCGACUUUCACGAGCUCAACAAUCAGCUCCGCGCGGACAUGAUGAAGGUUCAGCAGCAGCUGCAGAAACUCAAGAACGCCGUCUUCAGGUUCCAGCAGCAGCUCAUGGACGCCAAACCGUCUCCAGAUGUGAUUGACAGAUUAAAAGACACCAUGACGGACAUCGAGAACUCCAUCAGCACGUUCAAAGACACACAGCAUCAGAGUUUUGAGGAGCUGCUGAAAGACGAGAGGAACUUCUGGCAAGAAAUCUGUGCCUUCGAGAAGAAGAUUGAGGCUUGGAGUUUGCCUGUGAAAGCAGACGUCCGUGUUCCCAGCGCUCGCUCGGACCGGCUGCGCGAUGAUGGGAGGAAUCUUCCGGUGGAGGUGACGGAGCUCGAGACCUUCCUCCAGCGGACGGGAGGCCGGCGGGGCGGCUGGGAUGAGUACGACCACCAGAGCUUCCUAAAAGUGUGGACGAAGCACAGCGGGAAGCCCUCGUACAGACAAGAAGUGAGGCUUUAUUUACCUGGCAAGACUGAGGAAGAGGUGAAGCUGCACGAGCAGUGGUUUCUGGAGCUGCGCCGCCUGCAGGAGAAGAAGAGGGAGGCCGUCCACAGAUGGAGAGAAGCCAAGCAGAGAGAGCGAGAGCUGCAGAGAGAGCAGCAGGACGCAGACGACGCGAGGACGGAGCCGCAGGACGAGGAGCAGCGGCGGCUGAAGCAGGAGGAGCGGCGCAGGGAGGCGGCCGAGCGACUGGAGGCCUGGAGGAGCCGGAGAAAACAAGAGCGAGAACAAGAGCAAGAGCAGCGGCUGAGGAACGAGAUCCUGCAGAGAAGAAGAGCCAAAGAAGAGCAACGCCGACAGCUGGAGGUCAAGCUGAUGGUGGAGGCUCACGUCCAGCAGAAGAAGGAGGAGGAGGAGCUGCGUCUGCUGGAGGAGGAGGCGCAGCAGCGGGCGGAGAGAGAAGAGCGACAGCGACAGGCGGCUGAGGCCAUCAAACGCUUUCAGGAGAGAGAUUCACUUCGUCUGGAGGAAAAACUACAGGAGAAACUGAGUAAAGAGGAGGAGCGCUGGGAGCGGCAGAGGACGCUGGAGAAACUCAAGGAGAAGGUGGAGGUUCACGUCAGCCGCGAUCCCUCCAGACUGUGGAAGCGCACUAAAGUCUGGGAGGAGCGCAUGAGAGAGAUCGGCCCGUCUGAAUCUGGAGCCGUACCGCUGCUGCACGUCUUCCACAGGGCUGUUCCAGCAUGGAGACAAGAUUUGUGAAAGAGGCUCUGCACAUUCUACAUCACUUACUGGAGCAAAUCAACUCAAGUGUUGCAUUUUUAGGUGAAGUUUUUCUUCAGGAUAAUGGAGGCACAAGUUUGCAGAGUUCGCGCUCUCAUAAACAUCUUAACUCGUCUGCAAGUCAUUCAGAAUAGGAUCCAGCACACACAGACACACGGAAGAGACUCUUAUUUUGCCUUGCGUUUGUGCAGCGGAAGCGGAAGCGGCGCUGACAGUAGUGUGUCGCUGUUGCUGCUGCUGUUGUGGUGAUGAUGAUGGCGGAUUUUGACCAGGUAGAUUUUCUGCGGGAGCGGCACGUGCGGUUCUUCCAGCGCUGUCUGCACGUGCUGCCCGAGAGAUACGCGCCGUACGAGACCAGCAGGUUGACUAUAGUGUUCUUUGCUCUGUCGGGUCUCGAUGUUCUCGAUGCCUUGGAUGUCGUGGACAAACCCGGUUUGAUCGAGUGGAUCUAUUCACUGCAGGUUCUUCCUACUGAAGACAAGUCUAAUCUCAGACGCUGUGGCUUCCGCGGCUCCUCUCACAUCGGCGUUCCCUACAACACUUCUAAGGUACGGGACGUUAGACACACAGACAGCAGGGGGCAGAACUGACCAGAGGAGCACUGAAUUACCCACAGCUCAUGCAGACUGAACUGCAGAUGAUGAAGUUCACUUUACAGCCGUAAUAUCAGAGGAAGAUCUCCUCAUGCAGGAGUCCAGCAUCUCUCAACAUGUUUUAUUAAAUCUGAAGUUAUUUUACUCAACAAACUCUUUCACAGAAGUGUUUAACACCUUAUAUAGGUUUUUAAACUGCUCAUUAAUAAUAUUUCAUCUAGACUGUUGUGAUUAUUGAUGAGUUUUCUGAUAGUGGUUAUUUGAUCUAAUCUCUACUAUUUGAGAUAACCGCAAUAAUUAUGUGUUUUAAAUUUUAAUCACAUUUUACCAAAGAAUAUUAAAAAAAAGUUGUGUACAUAAAGUUUUCCUACAUAUGAAAUGAAGGUUUGUGGGUUUAAUUGCAUUAUAUUAUAUUAUGUUAAAUUAUGUUAUAUGACAUUGCAUUAUAUUAUAUGAAUAAAUAAGCUUUCCAUUGA